UAAAGAAAACAUAGACAGCGUAAAAUAUUAUCAAGAGUAAUAUAACAGAAGAGCAUGCAUUUUGCCCCUUCGCUUCAUCGUGCAGCUUGCAUAGGGCUCUGCCGCUUGCUAAUGAUGAUCUGCUUAGUGCUGCGCUGCCCGCUGACCUACUUUACUCGCUUGGCAGCGGCUGUCUGCCAGCCCUGUUUGCCAAGGGCAGCCUAUGGAGGCCGGUUAACAGCAAGAGGAAUGGGAAAUACGGCCCUGAAAACGGCUUUGUAACGAUACCGCUUUAUUUAUCGUAUACUGCUUGCAGAACACUAAUAUUUCGACCGUAGUUUCGUCAUCUAACCAAUCCUAUUUCACUGGAUUUCGGUUAAUGGCUGUCUCAUGCUAAGUCCGGUUUCUACUCUCUCUAAUGUGGGCUGUACCUUGUGUGUGAAGAAGAUCAUUAACUGGUUUCACUUAUGGAUCUUAAAAUCAGAAACCGGUAAUUCAGAGGACAGGCAGAACGAAUGGGACACGUUCGAAUCCCAGGGGGGGGCAGACGACAGUGGGAGUAAGGAUGGACACCAUGCAGUUCGGGGCCCUCUAUCCAUCCAACCAACAGAAAUGGGACACUACCGAGUGUGCGGAUGAUUUGUUAAAUGAAAAUGGGAAGGACCGAGCUAAAAGAGCGUCACGCAAUAAAUCAGAGAAGAAGAGAAGGGAUCAGUUUAAUGUCCUCAUUAAGGAGCUGUGCACCAUGCUGCAGGGGCAGGUGCACCCCCGCAAGAUGGACAAGUCCACCAUCCUGCAGAGAGCCAUCGACGUCUUGCAGAAACAAAAAGAAAUCUUGGACCAAUCAGAGUCCGUUGAGAUUGAGCAGGACUGGAAGCCUUCAUUCCUCAGCAAUGAGGAGUUUACUCAGUUGAUGCUGGAGGCUUUAGAUGGUUUUCUUAUAACACUGACAACAGAUGGAAACAUCAUUUAUGUAUCUGACAGUGUUUCUUCCCUCAUUGGCCAUUUACCAUCAGACAUGGUGGACCAAAAUAUUCUGAACUUUCUCCCUCCACGUGAACAUGGAGAGGUGUACAAGCUCCUGUCAUCGCAGAUGCUGAUGAACAGCCCAGGUGCUGCAGAUUUCCUUAAGCAUUCGCAAAUUGAGUUCUGCUGUCACUUAUCCAGAGGAAGUAUGGACCCCAAAGAGCCUCCCACAUACGAAUUUGUGAAAUUCGUAGGGGAUUUCAAAUUCCAAAACAAUGUGCCUACAUCUUCUAGUAAUGCCUUCGAGUGUACAUCGCCAAAGACCUUCCAGGCAUCGCUAGAGGAGCAGGCCUGCCUUGUAGCCACGGUCCGACUGGUCACUCCACAGUUUAUGAAGGAUCUCUGUAAUGUUGAUGACCCUUAUCAUGAAUUCACAUCCAGACAUAGUCUGGAGUGGAAGUUCUUGUUUUUAGAUCAUAGAGCUUCACCCAUAAUAGGCUACUUGCCUUUUGAGGUUCUUGGAACGUCUGGCUAUGAUUACUAUCACAUGGAUGAUCUGGAUCUCAUAGCCCAAUGUCAUCAACAGUUAAUGCAGUUUGGCAAGGGCCAGUCCUGCUAUUAUCGCUUUCUGACGAAAGGGCAGCAGUGGAUCUGGCUGCAGACUCACUACUACAUCACUUACCACCAGUGGAACGCCAAGCCAGAGUUUAUUGUAUGCACCCACACUGUGGCCAGUUUUGCAGAGGUUCGAGCAGAGAGGCGAAGAGAGAUUGGCUUAAAGGAAUCUGAAGCGGCUUCCUCAUCUGUUACAGAUCGCAAAAUGUAUCUAGAUGUGAACCCUUCCUCUGAGGUAUCAAAGGAAAGAGCAAGGGGGCCCCAGUCAGUGUCCUCUGACGGCUCCCGCAGGUCGUCCCGCACAGCCAUGUCCGACUCUGCCUCAAAUUCCUCGGUGAGGUGUGCUGAGGCCACUGCUCCACUGCACCAGUCCGUAUCUCUGUGCUCUGAAAAGGUCGCGUCCAGCAGUUCAAAGAUUUCACAGCAGGCCUCCUCCUCUGAGCUCCGUCCCCAGCCAAACUUCCUUCUGUACUCCACCUGUAAUCACCACUCCACUACGCAGCCUGUGUACCAGUUUCGAGCACCACAGCUGGGGAUGAUGCACGAGCUGAAGGAGCAGCUGGAGGAGAGGACACGCCUCCUGCAAGACGACAUCAGGAGCCAGCAGCAGGAGCUGCACAGCAUCAAGGAGCAACUGCAGCUGGUCAGCAGCUCCAACAUACAGAUGUGGCUCCAGCAAUCCGACUCGGGAGCAUUCAGCCAAGUGAGGCAGCAGCAGGGCCUGGGAAGGAGCAGCCUACCCUGUCAGCCAGCUGCCAUCAGGCCGGUUGCUGAGUAUGCCAAGAAUCUGCCAUGCACUCAUCAUACUUCCCCGGCCUGCUCACUUUUGCGGGACCCCAGCACGUCCUCCUCUCAGGCAGAGCCACCGCCAAUAAGAAGCUCCCUGAGUCCAGCCAUCAGCAUGCCAGUGCAGACCCACACCAGCUUGACUGUCCCUUUGUACAGCAACCCCAUGAUGUUCUCCCAAACGAGAGUACGUCCCCCACAGGAUGUCAGUCUAAGACACCCUGGUGUGGACUUCAGCCAAGAUGGGCAACUACGCAUGCUCCUUCAUCAGCCUAUACAGACCACAAUACCAGAGAGUGCUGCGAGUUUGCAGGUCUCACGGUGCAAUGAAUCCUUGCAGCAAACCAAAUACGGUCUGGAGCAGCAGAUUAUGGUGGCAUCCUCAAUGCCUAUGCAGCAGGUGAAUUGCAAUGCUGUCAUCAUGCCCUCAUCUGUCGUCACAUCUCCCAUCAUGAUCACCCACAACAGCUUCGUCACACACCAGGCACAGCCUUCCCACCGGCCCCCAGCCCAGUCCACACAGGACCCUUUCCAGCUGCAGCAGAUGCAGCCCCAAGGACUGUUACAUUGCAGACAGCCUCAGACUGUGUUUCGCACCACUCAUGUCCCGCAGCAAAGCACUAUGGGUUUCCUUCAACAGCCACAGCAACAGCAGCAACAACAGCCACUGCAACAUUGCCACUCCCAGAAGCAGACUGCUAGCCUUUCAGACUUCCAGAACAUGCUGACAUGGUAGACACAGCAACCGAGACACCAUGGAGAUUUCUAGUGACUGCUGUAUGUUCUGAGGCAUUAUAUAUAAUGAUGGUUCCCCAAACCUCUUCAUCUACAACAUCCCAGUCUCCCUCUGGUGGCCUUACUUUCUGCUGACUAACUGUUCUGCUUUUGUAUCCCAUGUGGGUGUGAUCUACAGGCAGAAGCUGCCUUAUUU